GAGCAUUCUUUUGUUCGAGACUGGGGCUUCUUCCUUACUUGUACAUCGAGCUUGUCUUUACCCACCUCACAUUGGAUUAUCUCUGGGGAUAUCAAUUGUAUACAUCACUUAUACCACCUACAUAUAGAUAUAUAUUCCUCAUCCAUCUGACUGGAACUCUCGAAUUUUCAAUUACUCGUUGCUUUUUGGCAUUCUUUCUCAGUUCCGAAGAAGGAAGGAAUAUGGUUAAAUACUUCCCAUCUAUCUCCCCAGAACUGGCGGAGUGGGCAAUGGCUCAACCGGUUUUCUUUACGGGCUCGGCGCCGACGUAUGGGAAGCAUGUUAAUCUUAGUCCGAAGGGGUUACCAGAUGCGACGUUCAAGAUUUUGGGACCGAAUAGUUGUGCUUAUAUCGAUGCGACUGGCUCCGGCGUCGAGACUAUCAGCCAUAUCUAUGAGAAUAGUCGCGUAACAAUCAUGUUUUGCUCUUUCACCUCCACUCCCCGCAUCAUGCGAUUUUUCUGUACGGGACAUGUAGUCGAAUGGAAUACACCCGACUUUGCACCUCUAUUGGCUAAAAUGGGAAAGUCGAAUGUGGAUGGUGCAAGAGCUGUUAUUCUGUUGGAUGUUUGGAAGGUCCAAACAUCUUGUGGCUACGGCGUUCCUCUCCUCACACCGCUCGGUGUUCAAAUCGACAAUCCAUCCUCUGGUCCCUGGACCGAUCGUAAGACUCUGGGCCACUGGGCUGGUCAAAAAGUAGAGAAGAAUGAGAUGCAGGGUUACCAGUUGUUGAACAACACUUAUUCGCAUGAUGCGUUGCCGGGAUUGAAGAGUGCACGGAAACAGAAACUGGGGAAUAGUAUUGUUAGAGUCAAGGUUGACGAGGCAAUGUUCUGGGGAAAGAGAAUUGUGAAGGGGGAAUGGAGAGGUGUGAUCUUGGGGGUAUUGAUGGGCUUGUUUAUGGCGUUGCUAAUGGGAGUUUGGGGCCAGGAGGGAGGACUCGAAAGUGUAGUAGGGAGGGUCACAGAGGUGGGAGAGAUGAUGGGCAAUUUGACGGGGAGGAAUCAUUUGGAAGUUGAGCUGUGAGGGGAUAAAGUUGCGAUACUAUCCUUUUCGUCAGUCUCGAUCUUUUCGUCAGAUCCGAUCAGUAGGUAGUAUAUAUGACUAGAUAUCUAGGUAAUCUUACAUACAGAAGUUGCUCAAAGUUCAAAUCCUAUAUCGAGAGCAGACACCACACCUUCCGUCUGCUGAUGCCCAUUGUAGAAAAGAUGUAACCUUCCACGCGUCACCUACGAGCAAUCUAAUCUCCCCAUCCCCCUUGAAGCCUUACCUCAUUCUUCCACACCAUCUCAUCUUCCCCAGAUCUCCCA